AUGUUAACAUACAACAUUCACCGUAAAUGCCAGUCUACAUUUCCUCUGUACCACUUCGAAAAUUCAGGCGAUCAUCUUGAGAACUGGUCGGAGGCAAAGCUGCGCUACAUAACGACAACUGUGCGCACAAAAAGCGGACGAUUGAUAGAGAAACGCUUAGCCAUAUCGGAGGACGACUAUCAUCAGUUGAAAAGUGGCGGAAGCCUGGAAAAGAUUCUUGGCAAAUAUUUGGGAGUAGAUGACGGUGCGCGCAUUGAAGGCUGGAAGGAACCUGUCAAGCCUGGCAUGAAACAGGUGACGGAAUUGAAUGUUGUCAAGAAUCAUUUUCUUUUUCCGUAA